GGGGCACAGGGGUGCAGGUGCCGAGCGCUAUGGAUUAGGCCAGAAAUUGGAGUCCGGCCGCCCCCCAACAGCAGCCGCCUCCUGCUCCCCGCGCGCCCUUGGGGGUCAUCAUGUCGGGCGACAAACUCCUGCGCGAACUCGGCUAUAAGCUGGGCCGCACAAUCGGCGAGGGCAGCUACUCCAAGGUGAAGGUGGCCACCUCCAAGAAGUACAAGGGUACGGUGGCCAUCAAGGUGGUGGACCGGCGCCGCGCGCCUCCAGACUUCGUCAACAAGUUCCUGCCGCGGGAGCUGUCCAUCCUGCGGGGCGUACGGCACCCGCACAUCGUGCACGUCUUCGAGUUCAUCGAGGUGUGCAACGGGAAGCUGUACAUCGUCAUGGAGGCGGCCGCCACAGACCUGCUGCAAGCCGUGCAGCGCAACGGGCGCAUCCCCGGGUCGCAGGCGCGUGACCUCUUCGGGCAGAUCGCUGGCGCCGUGCGCUACCUGCACGACCACCACCUGGUGCACCGCGACCUCAAGUGCGAGAACGUGCUGCUGAGCCCCGACGAGCGCCGCGUCAAGCUCACCGACUUCGGCUUCGGCCGCCAGGCGCACGGUUACCCGGACCUGAGCACCACCUACUGCGGCUCAGCCGCCUACGCGUCGCCCGAGGUGCUGCUGGGCAUCCCCUACGACCCCAAGAAGUACGACGUGUGGAGCAUGGGCGUCGUGCUCUACGUCAUGGUCACUGGGUGCAUGCCCUUCGACGACUCGGACAUCGCGGGUCUGCCCGGGCGCCAGAAGCGCGGAGUGCUCUAUUCGGAGGGCCUCGAGCUGUCCGACCGCUGCAAGGCCCUGAUCGCCGAGUUGCUCCAGUUCAGCCCCUCCGCCAGGCCCUCGGCGGGCCAGGUAGUGCGCAAUAGCUGGCUGCGUUCUGGGGACUCCGGCUAGGAGCUGGGGUUCCAGGGCUGCACCGAGCCAGCCGGCUGGCGGGUGCAGGAGCGGUGGCGCCACUGGGGACUGGAGACCACGCCUCCGCGUGCCACUGCGCACGCGCUCUCUCCGCCACAGGCCCGCCGCAGUUACCCCCACCCGUACCCGAUGACCUUUGGUUCCUACUUCACGAUCCCGAGAGUAGAAGGCGAAUGUGCAUCCUCGAUUCCCGCCCAAAGGCUUCUGGAGGGGCGGGAAAAGAGGAGACUGGCACAUUGUGCCUGUGAGGAAUGAGCGAUGGCUGUGCAACCCUGGUGGCUGCGUGAAGUUGUGGACGCGCUGAGGCCGUCCCUCUCUGGCCAGCCGGGGGGUGCCAGGUUUCCGGUUGGAACCUGCAAUAAACUCGCUGUUCCUCCCACGUGGCUUCAGCGGUG